GACUUAGAUGAAAACCUUGUAUCGCAGGGCAGCCAAACUUACAAUUGCUAAGUUGAGCGUGUCAUCCAGUGCGCUUACACGGUGUCCCCACGCCUCCUGGUACCGAUGACCGCUGUAGCGACAGUCGCAGCCUUGAACGGACUCGACUCGGAGCUGACCACGAUGUCUAAAUCUGCUUUCAUGGAGAUUCCGCCAGUCCAACAGCCACCUGUGUCAAUGUCUAUGAACCACUCCAGCUACCCCGUCCGAUGCCUCCACCCGACCUCGCACACCCAGCACGAAAGCGCCUUCAGCACGGCGGCGCCUCACUCCCGCCCCCUCGGCUACCCCUUCUCCAUGAACCCGAUGGCCAACCACCCAGGCCACCCUUACGGAAACCCUUACUCCACGGCGGCGGUGACGCCUGUCUCCGAGAGUAGGUUAGGAGGUUUCUCCGACGAUGACAACGAGCGGCUAUAUCACUUUUCCCGGACAGACAAGUCGCCCGACCCGACAGACCAACGCAUCAAUGGCAAAGGCAAGAAAAUGCGUAAACCUCGGACCAUCUACACAAGCUUCCAGCUGCAGCAGCUCAACCGCAGGUUCCAGAGAACCCAGUACCUCGCUCUACCGGAGAGAGCCGAGCUCGCCGCCCAGUUGGGUCUGACUCAAACACAGGUGAAGAUUUGGUUCCAGAACCGCCGUUCUAAGUACAAGAAGCUGAUGAAGCAGGGAGGCGCCCCACCGCCUGGCGUCGGUACACCCAACUCCGCCGCCCCGAACCCUGCUCAACAACAAGCCGGUCAACCCGGCCACGCCAGCCCGCCCGGCGCACCCACAGACCUCAGCGACCAGCAAAUGUCUCACGGCGGGCAGCCCAACCUGCCGCCUCGGGCGACCAGCCAGGGCCAGCCGCAGAGCGAUGAUGACGCCGCCUGGGCAACAGCAACCUGCCCUGACCAGCGCCGCACCAAUGCCGACCUCCUCGCCACCAGUAUGGGACGUCAACAGUACCAAAGCCAUGGCGAACUACAUGAACUCUCACCACUACUCCCCCUCUCCAUGGCACUACCAGGAACCACUGCAGCAGUCCCAACAACUUCUAACAUAAAGAGGCAACAACUGUAUGUAUUGCCGCUGUCAACUUCUUAAAGACUUUGACCAAACUUUGAGAGAAUGGAAAUGAAGUAGGGGAAAACGUAUUGCUACAAAUGUAUGUGUAUAAAUGUUUUAUACCGUGACGUCAGAAAGAAACACAUUGCAAUGUUCACUGAAGAUUGUAAGAAUGGGGCGUUACGCAUUUGGUGUUAUCUUUAUUUAUUGAACAACAACACAAAAUGUUAGAUCAGGUAUAGAGAUACGAACCUCCCAUAUCGUCCAGUAUUUGACUAUUAACGUCAAUUUUCACUAUCAUAUCUUUCAAUACCGAUGUGGGGUAUGUUGUAAAAUGUUCACAUAUUGAAUGUAUCUUGCUGUAACUUUUCUAUAUUAUGUUUGUGAUGAGAAUAAUACUACGCUCUCAUUUGGGAAUUCUAAAACUAUUUUUUUCUCUCUAUCCUUGUGUGAAAUGGUCUAUUUCAACUUGUUGAUUCCAAGUGAUGAAAUAGACAGCAAAAUGUAUCACAGCUCAUAUAAACAUCGACAAUCGAAGUAUAUGAUUUUACAAGCUUUUGGCGUUUUUGCGCGCAUUUUUAAAGCGCCAAUGUCUUUUCCUUGAGAGUUCUGUACAGAAAGAAACAUGUAAAUAUAGAGUUCAUCAAGUUUUUCCCUCUUUAUCCACGAAGGCGUUUUAAUCAUGGUGUAGUUUGGUCAACGGUGGUACACGUAUUUUUGUAAAGUAAGUUAUUUGAACACGUAUUUCUUGUACGAAAUUGAUCAUUUGAGCCAGUACACAUACUUGUUAUUGGUCAACAGUAAUGUUCAGCUCAAUCUUUCCAUCUAAAAAAAGUGAUAUAGUCAACUAUUUAUACAUUUCGCAUCUAAGUUGUGCAAUAGAGGGGGCUGUUAUCAAACGCCUUGUAGAAAUCAAUGACACAAAACAACCUUCUAACCGAAAUUCUACAGAAACCAAAAUAGACAUUAACAAAAAGAAUAUCUGGUGCUGGAACAUAUUUACACCAGGAUGUCUUUCUUUGGUAAAGAAAGUGCGAAUGAAAAAAAUCCACUUGCACAAAUUUCGGCUCGCACUUUCCACGCUUGCACCAAUGACGUGGGGACGAGAAUAUACGAAGAUUUUGUUUAUUUUGCACUCGUACAUGUACAUGAUAUGACUUGUAGCCGGUCCUAUGUUUUCAUGCUUGUCUGUUUGAAGUAAUUUGUGUACGACCAAUUUUCUCUAAUUGUACGGUAGACUCGUGCUUUGCCAACUUAAAGUCCGGUGAUCUUUUGUCCGGUAUUUCCAUCACAAAUGAUAAGCAUCAGCUACUCUUGUUGUAUAUCAUCCACGUAUAUGUUGACCAAUAUUGUACAGAGUCUAGUGGGAAGAACAAGUAUUCGUCUAGUUCGGUCCCCGAAAAGAUAGCAUAAUAAAAGAAAGAAAAUCAAGACGAAA